UUUCCAUUUCCAGUUAUUAUUCGGCUGCCACAGCGCCGUCCUCGCUGUCCUCCCCGUCGCCCUGCUGCCACCACCACCGCUGUCCCCGCCCCCGCCGCCCCCGCGUCGAUGGUGCGCAACCUCAUCCUCCGCUUUCCCCUCUUCCGCGCCCUCGCCCCCCGCAUUGCCAGGCCCGUGCUGCCUCUCACCCGCUUCGCAACAAGUCCGCUCUCGCUCACCGGCGCACCCGCAACCGCCUCUCGUAUCUUUCACACCAGUCCUGCCCGCCUCACCGACUCGCCACCCCGCUCACCGCCACCAGAUGAGCCCGAGAGCCCCAGCCUCCCGCCGAAUGCGACCCUUUCGCAGCGACUAAAAUACCUCAUCAAGGCCUACGGGUGGUAUGCCCUCGGCAUGUACAUCGUCAUCUCCACCCUCGACUUCUCCGUCGCAUUCGUCGGCAUCAACCUCAUUGGUGCCGAGCACGUCUCCCGCGUCACCUCCGCCGUGAAGGACUAUAUUGCCGGCAUGAUUCACUCGAGGCCGCCAGAACCCGGCAGGGAGGACAUGGAGAGCAUCUCGUCGCACGCGCACAGUGGCGGCCAGGAAGGCUUCUGGGCGAUGGUCGUCCUCGCCUACACGGUCCACAAGACGCUCUUCCUUCCGGUGCGCGUCGGCCUCACUGCCACGUUGACCCCGAAACUCGUCCACUGGCUGCGGGCGAGAGGCUGGGCGGGCGGGGAGGGUACGAAGCGUGCGGCGCGCGAGAUGCGGGAGAGAAUGAGGAGAGACAAGGAGUAG